AAUCGCUUCCAACACUCUGAUUGGCUGAAAGUGUAAACACCAUCGUGGUCUUUUAAAAAUACGCGUACGUUGCUAAUUAUUUUGAAUACUUUCACACUGUUCUAACAAAAAUCGUCAACAUUUUUCUGCAAGAAAACCGAGAAUUGACAUGUAUUUUAUUGCAAUCGUCUUUGUCAUUUUAAAUGUGUAUAUUCAUGCAGUUUUCUGCGAUCCAUGCGCAUCGAGGCCUUGUUUAAACGCCGGAAUUUGUACCAGUACAAAUGGUAUCACAUUCGAAUGUAAAUGUCCCAGACUAUUUUUUGGUGAGCGAUGCGAGAAAAUGAACGACGCUUGCGAAACCACUCUUGUCAAAACGGAGGUUUGUGUAGAGCACACGUUCAUGGUGACUAUCAUUGUGAAUGUAAAACAGGAUAUCGUGGUAUCUUCUGUGAAAUUGACCAUGAUGAUUGUUUACCGUCGCCAUGCUACAACUCAGCUUUAUGUAAAGACAAAGUGAACGAUUAUGAGUGUGUUUGCGUUGAACCGGGUACUUUCGGAAAGAAAUGCGAACUUCGUGAAAGUGAUAUCAGAAUGUUCGUGAGUGAAUGUUCUGUGGAUAGUGUGUGUUGGAGGAACUACACCAAAACUUUAACCGUUCCUUGGGGGUAUGGUGAAAAUAUUUGCAACACUCAGCAAUCCUGUUUUGGUAAGAAAAACAGCAGUGAUAAACGAGAGCACCUUGAUUACUUCAUUGAUGUUCAGUUACAUCCAGUGCAAAUGCAGUUGGGUGAUGCAUUAAACUUCACUUCAGACAACAGCAUUCAAACAACAGUUAGUGGUGUAACGCCUCAACUAAUUCCAGUCGAUGUUUACAAUGAUUCCUUAUCUUUUGUCAAUUGCAACACUACAAAUGGGACCCAACUGGUGACUUCACCACAACAUCAUAUAAUCAUCAAUGAUACAAACUUACUUCAUGUUGGAGUUCAUUACUUCAUUAUGAACAUUGAUGUCACAUAUCGCUGUGAUUUUGGUCUACGACUAAACAUAAGUGUUAAAGAGCAUGAUUGCUUGCAUCCAGAAAGUGGCAUGAUGUGUAGCAAUCGAGGGCAAUGCCAUACAAAUUUUGGUCUGCCACAUUAUCAAUGUCUAUGCUAUAAUGGAUUCCGUGGGAAGUAUUGCGAAAAGAGAGAUCAUUGUUUUGAUAAUCCUUGCCAAAAUCAAAGUGUAUGCAUCAAUGUUGAAAAAAAAAUGGGUGGUGAAGAUUAUGAAUGUCGAUGCAAACCUGGAUAUGAGGGAAAACAUUGUAACUUGUUAAAAAACAUGUGCAUCAAUCAUCCAUGCCAAAAUGAUGCAUUAUGUCACUCACUCAUUAAUACCUAUUAUUGUCAGUGUAAGUCAGGUUACACAGGUCAUGAUUGCAGCAUAAAUGUCAAUGAGUGUUCUACAUUAGAGCCUUGUGAAAAUAAUGCCACCUGUGUUGAUGGUGAUGGAGAUUAUUUUUGUGUUUGCCCCAGUGGAUUCACAGGAACUAAUUGUGAGGUGAACAUCAAUGAAUGUGCAUCGAGUCCAUGCAAGAGAGGAAUGUGCAUUGAUGGAACUAAUUCUUACCAUUGCUUAUGUCCUGCACAGUUCACUGGCUUUCAUUGUGAUAUUCCUCUUCGUGAAUGUGCUUCACAACCAUGCUUUAAUGGUGGUGUAUGUACUACCAAAGGAACUAGUUACCAUUGCCAAUGUGGUUUAGGUUAUGAAGGAGAUAACUGUGAAAAAGAUGUGGAUCUCUGUAGUAAACAUGAAGCAUGCAGUAAUUUUCAUUCAUGCAUCGAUAAAGGGAGUCGUGUUCUCUGUGUAUGCAAGCCAGGCUUUACAGGUAGUAAUUGUGGUGUGAAUAUUAAUGAAUGUGCAUCACAGCCAUGCAAAUUUGGUGGGAAAUGUCAAGAUAAGGAAGAUGGUUAUGAAUGCAUGUGUUUGCCAGGAUAUAAUGGAGGAAUUUGUGAUCAAGUUAACGAUACGUUUCACGAUCCGUCAAGAUUGCAUUUGAGAUUCUCAACGAAAGAUUGUUUCAGUAUAGAGAACAAUCCCAACAUCCUGAACGACUUCAAGAAAAAUGUUGCAGCUAACAUACGCAACUCGUGUGAAUGCCAAUUUUCAGAUAAUCACAUUCACAAUCACAGCACAAGUAUAAAAUGCCACAAUAGAUUAACUGGUUCAUUUUAUUCACGCAUUGAAGGCAUUGAAGAUUACACUGCCGAAAAGUUAAUCUGCAAUUAUCAACAAUAUUUGAUGACGCGCGGCAAGGCCGUCAGUUUGGGGAACGACACAGUUGAAACUGAUGUGGUGUAUAACAGUAAAAGAUGUGCUCAAAUAAAUGGAAUACACAAUCAAAUACCAGAUGCUGUAAAUGGUGGUACAAUUGCUCUGACUGUUGGUCUUGUUGUAUCCCUGCUGGGAUUGUUCAUUGCGUCAGUUGUCGUAUUUCUCAAAUGGAGAAAGAAAGCUGGACUGGCCAAAAAUAAAAAGAGCGAUGACAAGAAUUUAGUGGAUGCCAUCAGUCUCAAUUCGUUUUCAUCCACCACACCAACACCGAAAUCCAUGUACCGAAAUUGUCGCGGCGCGCAAAGAAACUAUGCUUACACAAACCAUUAUUUAGAUCCUGUUCAAAUUAGAUCCAAACGUGUUUAGGACUUCAUUUUUGAUUUGUUUGUAUUGAACGUCAAAUCCUAAGUACAACAAGUAAAAAAUUGCUAAUUAGUGUAAAAAAGAUUACUUAGAAAGAACUGUUUAUCAAGGAAAAAAAUGUUUUAUCUAACUAUGAAAGAAAAAAGCCGAUAUGUUGAACGAUAAAUUUUACUUUUUACUUUUGUGUAUACAUAUUGUUAUUGAUAUCAUACUAUUUUUUAAUGUUAAAAUAGCUUCAAUGGCUUCUUCGAUGUUGUAUAUAACAGAACUGAAUGCACGCAAUCAUCCAGGCUUA